AUGAAGAAUAGUUCGCAGUGGGCAGCCAUCAAGGACUCCUCAGCAGGAAAACGACAUUCAGAUUUAUGCUGUAGGGCAGGCAGAUCACUGCUGACUGUGGAAAAGCUCUGGUGUAAAAUUGAAAGGCUUUUACAUUACCAGCAGAAUGAUCAGUGGUCCUCCACAAAGGGUGAAAUGUCUUCCCAGGAACAUUUGUUGAAGUCUGCAAACAUGUUUGUCAUGGCACGGAAAGGGGGAAGGAGUGGUGCUUCUGGCACCUGGAGGGUCGAGGCCAAGGAUGCUGCUAAGCAUCCUGCACUGCAAACGAAAGCCCCUGCAGCCAGGAAUGUGAAAAGAGUAACCUAUAGCUUUCUUCUAGGAGCGCUGUUCAUAAACUCUUGUGUCGUUUUAGGUCCGUGGGGCCGAUGCAUGGGAGACGAAUGCGGUCCAGGAGGCAUUCAGACCCGGGCUGUGUGGUGUGCUCAUGUGGAAGGAUGGACAACGUUGCAUACCAACUGUAAGCAGGCCGAGAGACCUAGUAACCAGCAGAAUUGCUUCAAAGUUUGUGACUGGCACAAAGAGUUGUACGACUGGCGGCUGGGACCCUGGAACCAAUGUCAGCCAGUGAUUUCUAAAAGCCUGGAGAAACCCCUCGAGUGCAUUAAGGGGGAAGAGGGCAUUCAGGUGCGAGAGAUAACGUGCAUCCAGAAGGAGAAGGACAUCCCUGCGGAGGAUAUCAUCUGUGAGUACUUCGAGCCCAAGCCGCUGCUGGAGCAGGCCUGCCUCAUCCCCUGCCAGCAAGACUGCAUUGUGUCUGAGUUUUCUGCCUGGUCAGGGUGCUCCAAGACAUGCGGCAGUGGGCUGCAGCACCGGACGCGGCACGUGGUGGCGCCGCCCCAGUUUGGAGGCUCAGGCUGUCCAAACCUGACGGAGUUUCAGGUGUGCCAGUCCAGCCCGUGCGAAGCUGAAGAGAGCAUGUACAGCUUGCAUGUGGGACCUUGGAGCACGUGCUCGAUGAUCCACUCGAGACAAGCGAGACAAGCAAGGAGACGUGGGAAGAACAAAGAACGCGAAAAGGACCGUGGGAAAGGAGUGAAGGAUCCGGAGGCCCGGGAGCUUAUUAAGAAAAAGAGAAAUAGAAACAGACAGAAUCGUCAAGAGAACAAAUAUUGGGACAUCCAGAUUGGAUAUCAGACCAGAGAGGUGACCUGUACCAACAAGACCGGGCAAGCAGCUGAUUUGAGACUCUGCCCGCAGGAGAAGCUGCCAAUGACAUUCCAGUCCUGUGUGAUCACCAAGGAGUGCCAGGUGUCCGAGUGGUCUGAAUGGAGCCCCUGCUCAAAAACGUGCCACGACAUGGCGUCUCCCGAAGGCACUCGUGUAAGGACACGCAUCAUCAGGCAGUUUCCUAUUGGCGGCGAGGAAGAGUGUCCAGAACUAGACGAGAAAGAACCCUGCUCGCCUCAAGGAGAGGCAGCCGCUCCCUGCGCCGCGUAUGGCUGGAGAGCCACGGAGUGGACCGAGUGCCGUGUGGACCCUUUGCUCAGUCAGCAGGACAAGAGGCGAGGCAACCAGACGGCCCUCUGUGGAGGAGGGGUCCAGACCCGAGAGGUGUAUUGCGUGCAGACCAAUGAAAACCUCCUUUCACACCUGAAUUCCCACAAGGACAAAGAAGCUUCAAAACCAGUGGAUUUGAAACUAUGCACUGGCCCUGUUCCUAAUACCACCCAGCUGUGCCACAUUCCCUGUCCAAUCGAAUGUGAGGUUUCACCUUGGUCAGCCUGGGGACCUUGUACUUAUGAAAACUGUAACGACCAGCAAGGCAAAAAAGGUUUCAAACUGAGGAAGCGGCGCAUUACCAAUGAGCCCACUGGAGGCUCUGGGGGCACCGGGAGCUGCCCUCACUUACUGGAAGCCAUUCCCUGUGAGGAGCCAUCCUGCUAUGAGUGGAAAGCAGUGAGGCUUGGAGACUGUGAACCAGAUAAUGGAAAAGAAUGCGGUCCGGGCACUCAAGUUCAAGAGGUUGUCUGCAUCAACAGUGAUGGAGAAGAAGUUGACAGACAGCUAUGCAGAGAUGCCAUCUUCCCCAUCCCCGUCGCCUGUUAUGCUCCAUGCCCAAGGGACUGUGUGCUCAGCACGUGGUCUGCGUGGUCCUCCUGCUCACACACCUGCUCGGGGAAAACCACAGAAGGGAAACAGAUACGAGCGCGCUCCAUUCUGGCCUAUGCGGGUGAGGAAGGUGGAACUCACUGUCCAAACACAAGUGCUUUGCAAGAGGUGCGCAGCUGUAACGAGCAUCCCUGUACUGUGUAUCACUGGCAAACUGGUCCGUGGGGCCAGUGCAUUGAGGACACCUCAGUAUCGUCCUUCAACACAACUACAGCUUGGAACAGGGAGGCCUCUUGCUCUGUUGGCAUGCAGACAAGAAAAGUCAUCUGUGUGCGGGUCAAUGUGGGCCAAGUGGGACCCAAAAAGUGUCCUGAAAGCCUUCGGCCUGAAACAGUGAGGCCCUGUCUGCUUCCCUGUAGAAAGGACUGUAUUGUGACCCCAUAUAGUGACUGGACAUCAUGCCCUUCCUCAUGUAAAGAAGGGGAUUCCGGAAUCAAAAAGCAGUCUCGGCACCGGGUCAUCAUUCAGCUUCCGGCCAACGGGGGCAGGGACUGCUUGGAUCCUCUCUAUGAAGAAAAGGCCUGCGAGGCCCCACAGAUGUGCCAAAGCUUCAGGUGGAAGACGCACAAAUGGCGCAGGUGCCAAUUAGUCCCCUGGAGCGUGCAACAGGGUAGCCAUGGGGCACAGGAAGGCUGUGGGCCGGGACGACAGGCAAGAGCCAUCACUUGUCGAAGGCAAGAUGGGGGACAGGCUGGCAUCCAGGAAUGCCUCCGGUAUGCCGGCCCCGUGCCAGCCCUCACCCAGGCCUGCCAGGUCCCCUGCCAAGACGACUGUCAGUUCACCAGCUGGUCCAAGUUUUCUUCAUGCAACGGAGACUGUGGUGCAGUUAGGACCAGAAAGCGCACAAUUGUUGGAAAAAGUAAAAAGAAGGAAAAAUGUAAAAAUUCUCACGUGUACCCCCUGAUUGAGACUCAGUACUGUCCUUGUGACAAGUAUAAUGCACAACCCGUGGGGAACUGGUCAGACUGCAUUUUACCAGAGGGGAAAGUGGAAGUGUUGCUGGGAAUGAAAGUACAAGGAGACAUCAAGGAGUGUGGGCAAGGCUAUCGUUACCAAGCAAUGGCAUGCUACGAUCAAAACGGCAGGCUCGUGGAAACGUCCAGAUGCAACAGCCACGGUUACAUCGAAGAGGCCUGCAUCAUCCCCUGCCCCUCCGACUGCAAACUCAGUGAGUGGUCCAACUGGUCCCGCUGCAGCAAGUCCUGUGGAAGUGGCGUGAAGGUUCGGUCUAAAUGGCUUCGUGAAAAACCAUAUAAUGGAGGAAGGCCUUGCCCCAAACUGGACCAUGUCAACCAGGCACAGGUGUAUGAGGUCGUCCCCUGCCAGAGUGACUGCACUCAGUACCUGUGGGUCGCAGAGCCGUGGAGCGUCUGCAAGGUGACCUUUGUGAACACGCGGGAUAACUGUGGAGAGGGCGUGCAAACCCGAAAAGUGAGAUGCAUGCAGAACACAGCAGAUGGCCCUUCUGACCAUGUAGAUGAUUACCUCUGUGACCCAGAAGAGAUGCCUCUGGGCUCCAGAGAAUGCAAAUUACCAUGUCCUGAGGAUUGUGUGAUAUCUGAAUGGGGUCCGUGGACUCGGUGCAUUUUGCCUUGCAAUCAAAGCAAUUUCCGGCAAAGGUCAGCUGAUCCCAUCAGACAACCUGCUGAGGAAGGAAGAGUCUGCCCUGAUGCUGUUGAGAGGGAGCCCUGCAACCUGAACAGGAACUGUUUCCACUAUGAUUAUAACGUAACAGAUUGGAGUACGUGUCAGCUGAGUGAAAAGGCAGUUUGUGGAAAUGGCAUUAAAACAAGGAUGUUGGACUGCGUUCGAAGCGAUGGCAAGUCGGUUGACCUGAAAUAUUGUGAAGAGCUGGGCCUGGAGAAGAACUGGCAGAUGAACACAAGCUGCACGGUGGAAUGCCCUGUCAACUGCCAGCUUUCCGAGUGGUCCGCUUGGUCAGAAUGUUCGCAAACAUGCGGCCUCACAGGAAAAAUGAUCCGAAGACGAACAGUUACCCAGCCCUUUCAGGGUGAUGGGAGACCAUGCCCUGCGCUGAUGGAACAGUCCAAGCCUUGCCCAGUAAAGCCCUGUUAUCAAUGGCAAUAUGGCCAGUGGUCUCCAUGCCAAGUGCAGGAUGCCCAGUGUGGAGAAGGGACCAGAACAAGAAACAUUUCUUGUGUAGUGAGUGAUGGGUCAGCUGAUGAUUUCAGCAAAGUGGUGGACGAAGAAUUCUGUACUGAUGUUGAACCCAUUAUAGAUGGUAAUAAAAAAAUGGUCUUAGAAGAAACCUGCACCCAGCCUUGCCCAGGUGACUGUUAUUUGAAGGACUGGUCUUCAUGGAGCCUGUGUCAGCUGACCUGUGUGAAUGGUGAGAACCUAGGCUUUGGUGGAAUACAGGUGCGUUCCAGAGCGGUUAUUAUACAAGAACUAGAGAAUCAACACCUGUGCCCAGAGCAGAUGUUAGAAACAAAAUCAUGUGAUGAUGGGCAGUGUUAUGAGUACAAAUGGAUGGCUAGUGCUUGGAAAGGCUCUUCCCGAACAGUCUGGUGUCAAAGAUCAGAUGGUGUAAAUGUAACAGGGGGCUGUUUGGUGGUACGCCAGCCUGAUGCUGACAGGUCUUGUCACCCACCGUGUAGCCAACCCCACUCGUACUGUAGUGAGGCGAGGACAUGCAGUUGUGAAGAAGGGUACACUGAAGUCCUGUCUUCUAACGGUUCCCUUGAGCAGUGCACCCUCAUCCCUGUGGUGGCGAUACCCACCGUGGAGGACAAAAGAGGAGACGUGAAAACCAGUCGGGCAGUACACCCGACCCAACCCUCCAGUAACCCGGCAGGACGGGGAAGGACCUGGUUUCUACAGCCGUUUGGGCCAGAUGGGAGAUUAAAGACCUGGGUUUACGGUGUAGCAGCUGGGGCAUUUGUGUUACUCAUCUUUGUUGUCUCCAUGAUUUAUCUCGCUUGCAAAAAGCCAAAGAAACCCCAAAGAAGGCAAAACAACCGGCUGAAACCUUUAACCUUGGCCUAUGAUGGAGACGCAGACAUGUAAAAUAUACCUUAUCCUGUGGCAACCAAUUUCAGCUUUCUGAUUUUGCAAUAGAUAUCCAGGGGCCAAAAGCUAUUCAAAUUGUGUGAACUAAAAUUCAUUGCACCUUUUUCAAAGUGCAUCAUUUAGGAGAGGGCGAAAAUCACAGUGCCAUUGGAAAUAUCAGGAUAAGACCACUUGCAUAGAAACUAUCAGCCCUGAGAAGUCUAGAAGAUUAAGUUGAAUACAUGCUGCCUUCUGCGAGUUUUGUGAAUGAUCUUUCAUGAAACCUACCUACUGGCAAUUUACUUUCAUCUCUAACAUACGGUGGCGGAAUUGGCCAUUUGGGAUGCCCAAUGCAAGCCUCUGUCUACAGUGUUAACCCAUAAUAACAUUUUAGCAUGAAGACAUUAUACCAAAAUCUCUACGAUACUAUAGGCGAGCAUAACAUCAUGUAUACUCAACUGAAUGCUACGUAUUAUUAUGUCAGAUUAUAUACUUAAUAAUAAGCCAUUUUUAUGGUGAAUAAAAGAUAAGCUCUAAGCUGAGCAGAAAGCCCAUUGAGUAAAUUCAGCAUCUCGGUGGUUGCUGGUAGCUUUUACUGACCUGCAUUUCAGAGGCAAAGACUUUUUAUAAGACUUAAUUCUUGUCUUUCUCCAAAGUAUGAAUGCUGGACAUGUACUAGUGUCUUAGAAGAGUUCUCAAGUUCAGUAUUUUAUAGUGGUUAUUGUCUGGAAAACUCAUUUGCUUGUGUUACUACAAUAAGUUUCUACUUUCCCCAAUUUCAAACUGGUUGCCUGCAUCUUUUUUGCUACAUGGAAGGCACAAUUUUGCACUAUAUUAGUGCAGCAUGAAGGCAUUUAACCAGUAUUGCCAUAGAAACCGCCUCUUUUCAUAUGGGAUGAAGACCUCUCUGCCAAGAGUGUCAUGGAGACAUUUACAACUUCCUGUAUCCUGAAGAGAGUCAAGUUUGUUUUGGAUGGCGACAGGAUGGAAUUAGCUAUUACAUCUGCUGUAUACACUUCUCCUCAUCACUGCAGCCAUUGGGAAAUCAACAACGUGGCGGUAAUUUAAGUGUUUCAGUCCCAAAGUCAUCAACCCUCUGAAAGAUGGAUCCCUCUAGUUGGUUUUUAAUUGUACUUCAAAGGCUGUUUAUGACUAGAUUUUUAUAUUUGUUAUCUUUGUUAAAAAAAGAAAAGAAAAGAAAAAAAGGGGCUGGUUGUCUUCUUAAUUUUGAGCAGAUGGAGAAAAUAAUGUAUUGACGAUUUUUUGUACCUGAAGGAAAUCAAGAUUGUGUGUUGAUUUUUCCCCUCUGAUUUUUUUUUUCUAGUUUUGGAUCAAAUGCAUAGUUUUGUCAUUAUUGCUGGUAAAAUUUGAAGUGGUCUUUUUAAUUUAUGAAUUUGAAAGCUAAAAUUUUAAAAAAGAGAAAAGUAUUUUGUCCAGGACUUCGUUAAAUAUCUAACCAAGGGUGGCAAACAACUUCUGUGAAGAGCCAGGUGGUAAGUAUUUUCAGCCAGAUCUAGGCUGCAGCUUCUCAAUUCUGCCUCUGUUAGAGCGCAGCCAUAGAAAACACACAGCACAGUAAAGAGUAAGCAUGGGUGUUUUCCAAUAACGUUUUCUUAAACAGUCAGCAGGCCGCAUUUGCAGGUCAUGGUUUACUGACCAUUUGUCUAGAAAUUUAUUCACGGCUAACUCUUCAUUGUGUCUUUAGUUUUCAUUCAUUUACCUGAGACUGAAAUCGGUGUUUAAUUUCACAGGUGAGAAACUGUCAUUAAAUGUAUCACUGUGUUGGAAGUAGCUAUAUUUUUACAGCUGUAGGCCUGGGAAUGGCACAGUGAAAUAAUAUCUAACUUGGCAGACCUCUUUCAUAUGAAAAGAAAAUUCAAAAGGUGCCAUUAAAGAGCAAUACCAUUUUUCAGGCAACUUUUACUGCAACAACCUUUGGGAGAGGGGGUAACAUUAAGGUGUCAGAUCUUUUAAAAAUAGUAUAACAGCUAUUUUUACCUUAAACAUAGCUGUGUUGCUAUAGAAGUGAUUUGGAAAAGAAGGUGUCUUACCUUCAUACUAGAGUUUGAACUCCCUCUGCUGUUCCUUAAAGUAUUUGCAAAAAUUCUAGAAGACAUUGGAUUAGGAUGUCAUUUUCGCCAAAAUGAACAGAUUUCUACAUAUGUCAAUAAGAAUUAAAUGUGGUAAAUGCUAAUUUGUUAUUCAAUAUUUAUUGUAUUAAGCAAUGUAAAUAAUUUCAAAACAAACAAGUGGUCAGGAAGAUCAGAAUUUUACCUUUAACCAAGGAAUUAAAUAGGGAAAAGCAUAAAAACAAAUUCCAUUUCUCUGCCUUAUUGAAGAGGAAGACAAAAAAUAAUAUGUUACUCUAAAACUGUGAUUGCCAAUAUAGGUAUGUACUCAGAAGUCUUCUAGAAAAUUGAUCUCUUUGAAAAAAAAUGAAUUCCAUUUGUCCAAAAUAGUAGAGAAUCUAAUUCAGCUAAUAGCCUUAUGAAAUGCGUGCAGUUCCUAAUAACAUUGAAAAUUAAUGAAUAAAGUAAAAUAUUGUUGCUACUAAAGGUAUACUUUAAUACUAUAAAAUAUCAUUAAUUCAGAAGGCAGAUCAGUAUUAUCCUACCUUUAUUAUAUGAAUUAAUCAAAAUUAUAAAAUGUUAUAAAAAUACAAGAUGACUUUAUUCAUAAAUUGAUUACACUUUACAACACAAUGUAUGUGCAGGAGACUAGGUUUAACAUGACCUAACACUAAGGUGUAUAUUGGAAGUUCAUUGUUAGAUAAACAAAUACUGCAUUGCCUCCCGUUGGGCUGGAAAGAGGGGAAUGUCGCUAGCUGGCUAUUUUGGACAAAUGAAAGUUAUUGUGUUCAUGUUUAUAACAUGAAAAUGGCCUUAUUUUUGUUUCUGGCAUGAGUCAAUAAUGAGUUAAAUACCUUACUGAAAUUUCAUCAGAACCUUAUUCCUCCUGUCCAUUUUAAGAAUUCAGGAGGGCAAUAUAAUAAUAACUUGUCUAUUGACACUUCUGCCUUACCAAAAUGGUCUGAGUCCAAAAAAGGUUUACAACUACUGUUGUGUUAAGUAUGAAGGUCUACUUGGUUUAAAAAAAAAAAAGGAAAGAAAAG